AUGUCCUACCUUCUCUACUCCGUCUCCUUCUUCACCAUCGUCCUCGCCACGGUCCUCUUCUUCACCCGCGCUCACUGGCUCCCUCUCGUCCGACAUAUGCGACCCCGACUCCCCGGCGCCGACUAUAUCUACUCCCGACUUCCUGACAGUUUCGCGGGCGACAUCGAGGCCGGUCUGUCCAGCACCACCUUUGAUUUGUCAGGAAACGUCGAGUCUGGCGAUUCACGCGCCGGUCUCGACGAUGCAGCUAAGGCCGAGGUCCUGGCCAUUAUGAAGAAGAGAAGGAUGAACUUUGACCAGGCGAGAAAGGUCUACAUGGAGAACCGAUUUAAGGCCAACGGAAUUGGCGCCGAUGGUCUGCCGAGAGAUCCGAAGUUCGUGAGCUUCUCUUAA